ACCACCACCACCACCUCUAACCACUCCAGUCUUCACUAGAACAAACAACAACAACUUCUUCAUACAGCACACAGGUUUGUCUUCUCCGUCUCACCUUCUUUCACAUACAUUCAUUCAUCUAUCUAUUUAUUUAAUCUGCACCCCUCUCUCUCUGUCUAUUUCUCUCCCUCUCUCUCUCUCUCCCCUCUUUCUGUCUAUUUCUCUCCCUCUCUCUCCCCUCUUGUCGGCAGUCCGUCGCCGGCUUUCCUGCCAACCGAGCACUAACCACCACCACUGCUGUAUAUAUACAUACACAUACAUAUAUGUAUAGGCGUAUAUAGACACUCACUGGCGCAUACACACAGAAGUUUGUGUAUAUUGGAUUUUAGAUGUGUGUGUGUGUGUGCGUACAAGAAGAACAGCGACAACAGCCAACCGCACAAUAAAACACACAACUGCUGUGAAGACAAACCAACACAACAGAACGGAAUGACAACAAGGAAAUAGUAUUUCUCCCUACUUUCCUACAACACACACAUAUAUCUGCUACACUUAUAUAUAUAUAGGGAUAUAUAUAUAUAUAACACAUACAUACACAGAUAUGUAAAAUAACCAACGGUUAUAUUAUAUUGUUGUGCAUAUGUGUAUGUAUAUAGCUUGAUAAAAACUAAGGAAUGAUUAUAUUUCUGGAGACAAAGCAUCGUUGAAUCUUCAGUGCUUGUCUGUGGCCACCUUUUCUUCUCUACUACAUAUGGAUAAAUGGCAAGAUUUGGACAACACUAAAGGCAGGUGUGGUGUUGAUUACAAUCUACCUGGACAUACAACAUAACAUCAUACUGCCCGUACUGCUACACCUACCAAAAACAUUAUUGGCACUCAUACUAUUACGGUUCGUUCGAGAUAGACACAAGAUAUGCUCUGUAUGUUUUAAUGGACGUAUUUCAUGAAAUUGACGUUUUGUGCAUGAGGGAGUUUAAUGCUGCUGUCCUUAUCUGCACUUCCUGCUGUGAAGUUGGUUCAACUGGGACACUUGACAUAUGUCAGUUGGUGUGUUCAUGGCUGGGGUUAUCACACCAGUUCGAUAUACCCCAGCAUCAACGACAACAACAACAACAACAACAUCAUCAUCAUCAUCAUCAACAACAACUACACCAACAGAAGAACGGGUCAAGCUCUAUUGAAGAAAGAAACAGAAGCUUCUCAUUAACGGACAGUAUUCAUCAGUUUGGUGUCGGACUUUCACCUCAACGGUCAAUAUUUGCUGACCCUUGUUAUAGCCUGUCUGUUAAGCCAUGGUUACCCACAGCCCUACAGCCUGAUUAGAACAAACAUACAAUAAUAAAAACUUCUCUGCUUCUCACUUCCUAUCACCAGCACCAUCAAAGUGUUACUUUUUUGUCGUUCUUCAUUUCCUAUGGUCCUGAUUUCCACCCGUGGCGUUCACUAUUCAUAUGAUUGCCACGUAAUUUUUCUUUUGUAGAUCUGUCUACCUAUAUUUAAUCUUUUAAUCAGACUACUUCACUACACCACAUUUCAUCGCUACUACCAACACCACACCGUUGCUACUAUUGUACUAUACACUGACCACUAAACUUAACUGAUCGCAAAUUGGUGGCAGCAGACAUUUUGUUUUGGAAGUUUAAAAAUUUUUCAGUUGAGAUUAACUGAAGGAGUGACAACAACACCACCAGUAGUAUUAUUGGAAAGAAUAGAAGCAAAACCUCCUUUAAAAAAUACAUUACCUCGCUUCCUCACUUUUAUAAUCACAAGUUUUUUGUACAAGAGCUAUCAACCCCGCUACACCUCUUCCUUCCACGUCACCCAACUAAGAAAACUUCAUACAGCUCCCAGUGACCCACUUCUCCACUUUCCUUCACUGCGUCAUCAUCAACAUUACCAUCAUUAUCAUCAUUAACCCCCAAAUUCAGAACAACAUAUUUUACACGCCCCCCCCCCAACCUCGGACCUCUCCUACCUUAACUCCACCUCUCUUGGCUCCACGUGCUGCAUUGUUUGGCGAGGUCAACACUAAAAACUUUUGUUCGCCGUUGUGGGAGCUAGUGGUACCCGGAAAGGGGUACUGUGCCUAGCUGCGUGAUUGGGUGAGUGGAGUAAGUGGGUGGAUGGGUGUUCUGGGAGACAGAUACACCCUUUCCCACCCACAUACAAAUAAAUCGAAACACAAAUAAACAAAACAAUAAUAACUAUAAUAAACAACAACGUGUCUGUCUGUCCCUCUCUGGAUUACUGGAUUAACUGAUGGAUAAAGGUUUUGGAUUAUUACUUCUGCUGUAUUUACAUUUAGCGGCAAUAACUAAAGGCGAGAUACGCUGCCACUGUAAUGAAUCUGGCUGUGUGAGCACUGGCUACAUGUGUAAGUCGCACACAGGCACCUGCUACACACUUGUCCACACAGACCAAAGCCAGACGAACACAGAAACGGAAGUAUCAGUUCACGGUUGUGUGGACGGCUUGAGGAUGGCACAUCGGAGUUUAUGUAACAGUGCGUUGACUGAAGAAAAUCUCCAACAGAGCAGCAGAUCAAUGGGUGGCAGUAGUCUCCCCUUAUUGUUGAUGUGUUGUAAGAAGGACAUGUGUAAUUAUAUGAAGAAAUUUGAUAGACUUCAUUUUGUGAUGAACGCCCACUCAAAUGGGAGUAUUUUAAGAGGACGUAAACAGAACCAGAUGUCUUACACAGGGAAUUACCCAGAAAGAAAUGAAAACCGAGACCUCUGGUUUAAGGCCGCUGUGAUAGCCGUACCAAUCGCCGGUGGAUUUAUCCUUAUUCUCCUCGUACUUGUUGCCGUACGAAUGUUACGCUCAGACAGUCAAAGACACAGGCGCCUUGUCGCUGACCGGCGAGGACGCUCUCUAACAAAAGCGCAGCUUUAUGUAGCCGAUCAUUUCAACGACAAAGAUCACGGUUUCGCAUCACCGUCAUUCGCUGAAAAGGCUGUGCAUUUAUAUAAAGAUGUUAAUUCAAAAGUGGACAGAGAUGGGAAAAUGUACGAACGAGUACGAGACAAAGACAUUCAACAGAAACUCUCACCUUCGGUGAUCGUUUGGGGUACACAAGCAAAAAGAGACUUUGCUACAGUUGUAUAGUAAUUAUGAUAAUUAUAAUAAUACUAAUAAUAAUUAUAUUAAUAAUAAUAAAAAAUAAUUCAGUUAAUAUUGAGAGGAUUAUGGACUUGGCAGAGAACUGGAGCAAAUACUCGAUGGUAUUUAGUUUCAUACUAUGACAUCCUGAGAUCAAAUCUCAACGGGGGCCAACUCUGCCUUUCAUACUUGAUGGGGUUUGAAAAAGUAUGUACCAGUAUUAUACUGGGGCUUCGAUAUACAUACCGUUGCUCAUAACAAAACUUGGUCAUGUAUGUGUUUGUGUGUGUCUGUGUGAGUGUGUCUGAGACUUAGUCAAAACAACAACACAGAGAAGAGAACUAUUAUAACAGUAAUAGUAAUAACUAUAUUUAAUAUCAUUGUUAUUAAUAAUGAUGAUGAUAAUAAUAAACAGGGUUUGGGAGCUUCAUCAACUUGUAUAUAUUUAUUUGGCUAAAGUCUAUGAAUAAGAGACUCUAAGGAGUGCAUUAUGUGAUGCGUCUAGUGUUGAAUAUUUAGUUUGUUGUCAUAGGAGUGAAAGCAUAAAUGUAUAUAUAUAUUGUGUGCGUGUCAGAUAUGAAUACAUACAUACAUGUAUACAUGGAUGCAUGUAUGUAUAUAUGUAUAAUGACUGUGUGUAUUUAUGUAAUUGCUGUUAUUAAAGGAGAGAGAGAAAGUAGAAAAACGAGGAAGAUGGUGAGGUGAUGAAGCCAGUUGCUUCCUCUUUGUACUCCCUGUCUUAGUACUGUCAUAGGACCCUUUCUGUUUAAUUAUUUCUGGAGUUAGUUGGUCAGUUAAGUAAAGUGCUGGUCAGGUGUUGGUCCAGUAUAGUGAAUUACUUGCCCAGAUCUCUUCCGACAAAAUUUCUGGGCUCCUUCUUGUGUUAAAUACCUGCAAGUAUUGCAAAGAAUAAAAUUAACUGCAUUGAUGUGGCCAAUCUCCAAGGUUCUGCAGUGGUCGUGGGGUCAGCUCCCUUCUUCCAGAUCAAUGAUUGGAGAGUCUACAAUGGCAAUGUGCGCUGCCCCUUUCUGCCAGAUCAACCAUUAGAGAGUCUGUCAAGGCCGGAGUGAUGUCUCAUUUCUCUAGAUCAGUGGUUUUCAAUCAGGGUCUAUGUAAGAUUUUUGGGAACCCACACAAGCAGAAUAGUAAAUUGGGGACACAUAGUAGUAUAUUAAGGGUCAGUGGAAAAAUUUUGCUUUAAAUGUAUCUAUUGCAAGAGACAGUUGGAUUUCAUUCUCUGUUUUACAUCGUUCAGCUACAGAAGUGAAUGUGUGAAAAACAGAAUAGGAAUUUUGAAAGAAGGAUCUAUAAAACUAGUUUUUAAACAUCGAAUGACUACAGGGGUCCACCAGAAUAAAACAGUAAUCAAAAGGGGUCUAUAAAUAAAAAAAAAAAGGUUGAGAACCACUGCUUUAGAUAUUCUCCAAUGGUUGGAGGGCCUAUGAGAGCAGUCCCAUUCAUCAGAACAAUUAAUGGCAAAAGUAGUAAUAAAUACACAUGUGAGAGAUCAGCAGGGGUCAGGGAGCUGGAGGGACUGAUAUGAAUAGGGUCUUUAUUAAUUUCAUUGUGGAAACCAACCUCACUGCUAUAAAAUUGUGAAUUCAGUUAAACCUGUAGAUGGCUCAUGUACCGAGUUCAAAUCCAUCUUGGGGCAAAACAACAGCUUAUUCUUCAGGGCGGGAGUAAAAGCAAAGUACAAAUCUCUUUUGCAUUCGGUCCCUUUCAUCCAGUAUUCAAACAACACACCUUGAGGUAUUCUUUUACUUGUCUCAAUCAUUUGACUGCGGUCAUGCUGGAGCACCACCUUUAGUUGAACAAA